UGUUCGGCACAUAUAUAACGCGGAACCUGCCCGAUCGGGACUGAUCCACGAAGAUGCGCACCAGGAUCUCGCAGCCUGGGAGGAGCUUGAAAUAUUCUCCCUUUACUUCACGCCGCCGUCGAGUGAAGACUCGCUUUGGAGAGGAGAUAUAAGAAGAAAGAAUCAAGCUGGGCCUGGCUUCCUCUCGGGUGUUUGCACACAGCCCGGAGUAGAAAUGAGUCCCCGGGAGUCGUCCAACAGCACGGGAUGGGAGCCCGACGAAACGGACGUGUGGAACCUGGCGAAUGGGAGCAUGGAUUCCAACCUGCACGGAUUCCACAUAGACGUCACCAAGCACAUCGGGGUGCAGAUCACCCUGAUCACGGCCUAUUCCGUCAUCAUCCUGCUGGGCCUGCUGGGGAACGCUCUGGUGGUCUACAUGAUCAUCCGCUACAGGAACAUGCGCACGGUCACCAACUUCUUCAUAGCCAACUUGGCGCUGGCCGACCUCCUGGUGGACACCCUGUGCCUGCCCUUCACGCUGGUCUACACCCUGCUGGACGAGUGGAAGUUCGGCGCCGUGCUGUGCCACAUGGUGCCCUUCGCCCAGGCCCUGAGCGUGCACGUGUCCAUCCUGACCAUGACCGUCAUCGCCCUGGAGCGCUACCGCUGCAUCGUUUUCCACCUGGGUCAGCGCCUCACCUGGCACUCCAGCUUUCUCAUCAUGGCGUUCACGUGGACUACCUCGGCGGUGCUGGCGGCGCCCCUGGCCAUCUUCCGAGAGUACCGGCAAGAAGAGAUCCCCUCCAUCAAUCUGCACAUCGUCGUGUGCUCCGAGAAGUGGCCGCACGGCACCAGCAGCGUCAUAUACAGCCUCUCCAUGCUGCUCCUGCAGUACAUUAGCCCUUUAGCCAUCAUCAGUUACGCUUACAUUUGCAUCUGGGUCAAGCUGAAGAACCACAUCAGCCCGUCUACACGCAACGAUAGCAUCGCCCGGCGUAAAAAGACCACCAAGAUGUUGGCGCUGGUGGUGGUGGUGUUUGCAAUCUGCUGGCUGCCCUUCCAUGUGUUCCAGCUGGCCAGCGAUCUGGACCUGGUGCUCAGGUUUAAGGAGUACAAACUGAUAUACACCGUCUUCCAUAUCGUGGCCAUGUGUUCCACUUGCACCAACCCGCUGCUGUACGGAUGGAUGAAUAAAAACUACAGAAAUGGCUUCCUAAUGGUCUUCCGCUGCCAGGAUAAGCCCGAUUCUUUCCGCCCCGAGGGCUCCUUCCGGACUCGCUCCACCAGGCGGCUAACGCUCAACGGCCGCAACGGCGGACACCCACCCACUGCGGUGUGAGACGCCUGCAUGAAGACAUUUGAAAGUGUUGCUUUUUUUUUUCCCCGGCACAAAGUAGGGAUGGACUAAAGUUCCUCGGAAAUGCUUGAUCAAUUAAUCCACAGGUGUCAAACUCAAGGCCGCAUCAUUUUAUAAGGCCCACAAAAUACUUUAUAUUUUUCACUACAUUUACCGUAUUUUUCGGACUAUAAAUCGCAGUUUUUUUCAUAGUUUGGCCGGGGGUGCGACUUAUACUCCGGAGCGACUUAUGUGUGAAAUUAUUAACACAUUACCGUAAAAUAUCAAAUAAUAUUAUUUAUCUCAUUCCCAUAAGAGACGAGGCGAAUGUCAGCAAUCGUCACACACACCUCAACCAAUAAACAUUCGGCGUGGGGCGUGUCAUGGCAGAAGUGCAUUGUGGGUCAUGGGAUGCUACCUGCUACUACGUCCGUAGCUAUAAAAAUGGAUCAUUUCAACAUUGGCGGUAACUUAUAAGAACUGAGAAGUGCUGAACACAAAUGGCACCGAAAAGGAAAUCAUAUACCGUAUUUUUUCGGACUAUAAGUCGCAGUUUUUUUCAUAGUUUGGCCGGGGGUGCGACUUAUACUCAGGAGCGACUUAUGUGUGAAACUAUUAACACAUUACCAUAAAAUAUCAAAUAAUAUUAUUUAGCUCAUUCACGUAAGAGUCAUACCAGGCACGUUCUCAGUUGGUUAUUCAUGCGUCAUAUAACGUACACUUAUUCAGCCUGUUGUUCACUAUUCUUUAUUUAAUUUAAAUUGCCUUUCAAAUGUCUAUUCUCGGUGUUGGGUUUUAUCAAAUAAAUGUCCCCAAAAAAUGCGACUUAUAUAUGUUUUUUUCCUUCUUUAUUAUGCAUUUUCGGGCCGUUGCGAUUUAUACUCCGUAGCGACUUAUACUCCGAAAAAUACGGUACUGCAGAUUACAAACUGGACGUAGUGAAAUAUGCAGCAGAAAACGGCAAAAGGAAGCGGCGCAUACCUUUGGAGUUGGCAGAGUUGGCAGAGUUGUUUAGACACCGAGGAAGAAGAUUUCAUGGGAUUUAGCGAUUAGGAGUGACAGAUUGUUUGGUAAACGUAUAGCAUGUUCUAUAUGUUAUAGUUAUUUGAAUGACUCUUGCCAUAAUAUGUUACGUUAACAUACCAGGCACGUUCUCAGUUGGUUAUUUAUGCGUCAUAUAACGUACACUUAUUCAGCCUGUUGUUCACUAUUCUUUAUUUAUUUUAAAUUGCCUUUCAAAUGUCUAUUCUUGGUGUUGGAUUUUAUCAAAUAAAUUUCCCCCAAAAAUGCGACUUAUACUCCAGUGCGACGUAUAUAUGUUUUUUUCCUUCUUUAUUAUGCAUUUUCGGCCGGUGCGACGUAUACUCCGGAGCGAUUUAUAAUCCGAAAAAUACGGUAUAUGUUAUUUCCAUUUUGACAGAAAAAAAUACAUGCACUGUUGUAUAUAUUUUAAACCGUAUAAUUAUCCAAUAAUGCAACAAAUAUUCCCAAAAUGAUUUUUGUAGAAAAAAACAACAUACUUACUAAAUAUCUGCUUGACUUAUGAUUUUUAAGCAAGUUAACCAUCAACUUACCCAUCAUUUGAAUGUAGAAAUAAGGUAAAAUUUUGGCGACUGAGCUGCCAAUUUGUUUUUUAACCUUUUAAGGCCCAAGCUGUUUGUUUACAUGCUUUUUUUUUUUAUUUAUCUUUGCUAUUUGGGCUUAUUGGACCCUAAUUAGAAUACAAACUGUGAAUCAUCUUUUGAUAUGAUGUACUUAGUCCAUAAGUAACAAACCUGUACUUCAUGUUUAGUGACAUGCUAAUUCUUAUUUUUACACUUUUUUUCCCCAAAUUCCAUUGUAUGUUAUACUCUUCUGACACCACCAGAUGGAAGUAUAAGUGUCCACAUAAGCACGUAAGACCCCAAUUCAGUAGUGUACACAAUCUUGGAAAUAAGAGCUAAAAGGUGCUGUCCACGCAUGUGGCCAACUAAGCCUUUAGAGUUAAGUGAACGUAAGGAAAAAAUUUAUAAUUUCUAAAUUCGUAGGCAAUUGGGUAAUAAUGGUUGAAUCCUUAUACAUUUAUGUUUUUAUAUAUCCACUGUUAUAAACGGCCCUUAAUAAGAAUAGGUUUGACACCCCUGAAUUAAUCUGUCAAAUUACCAGUUAAAUGUUUUUAAUGCGAUGGAGCUCUCGCUCUCUGAAUGUUCUGAACUCCUGUUUCCAUGCUAGUGUACUAUUGAGCAGAAUAACAUAAAGUGUGGACCCAGAACCACUCUCCAUAUUGUUCUUUUACUCGCGGCCUUGUAGUGCUUUCUAUUGUUCUAGUAACGUAUUCAAGGAAUUGAUAAUUAUGCCCAUCCCUCGCACAAAGGUACCUUUUGUCCAUUAUGACUUGGCCUCGAGGUAAUGUCAUGCUUUUGUUUGUGACUGUUGAUAAUAGUGAAUCUAAUGUAUUCAAAUGAUGCCUACCAGUGCUCAUUAUAAGCUACCUGUAUAAUGUGUUUCCUGUUCAUGUAAAUCAUGUCCAAUCUAGUAAUGAACUCAAGCGCAUUAAUGUUUAGCCCUCCCUUUAUGAAGAAGAGGGUGACUCUUGUGGGACAAGUAGAAUUUUUUUUUUUAACACUCGUUUCAUUAUUUGCGGACAUGCCGCUUUGAAUUCACGUGCCAACACAAGUGACGUUUUAAUCUCCUUCCAAGGUCCCCGCUGACAGCCCGCAGCUGCUUUCUCCGUCCAAACAGGACGUUAAUUAUGUUGACCUAAAAAAGUGCUCCACGCCAAAUGCAAGGUUCAAUGUAAAGGAAGUGAGGCUGUCAAGGAAUCCUGUUGACCUUUGCACGUUGUGUUUGAUCAACAAAAUGUACAAAAAAAGAAAAGAAAAACAUCAAAUCGAGAAAUGUCAAAAAGAAACCCUUGAAUGGGCACUGUUGCAGAUGCAUGGAGUGUUGGAAGUGUGGGUAAAUACAGCAAUCACAACAUAUUACGGUGUUGUUGCCUACAGCCUGCUUACACACACACACACAACAUCAUCCAUCAAUGAGAGGACCGUUUAUUCAACCGACCAUUUCAUCUAUAAACGUUUGGACUGUUUUCCGAACAACGCAGCAGUGGACUUAGCAGCAAAUAAAGCAUUUAACAA